GCUAUUCUUCUCUUCUCUAGUGAAUCCGUUUUCUCAGGAAUUCAACUUUCAGAGUCCAUUUUCUUGUAUCAAUCUUUCACACUUUUCAGCUCCAAAUCCAAGCUUUUUCUGUUAUUUUUAUUUUUAUUUUUAUGGAAUAAUCUUUCAUUUAUCAUCUGAACCGCACUGCUCCUAUGUUCUUCCUAGUUUAGCCUAUGGAAUAAACUUUCCGCUUAGAGAAUCAACGAUCUUUACCACGAGAUUCUUUGUUUUUGGGCUGCUUAGCGUUGUGACUGAAAACUGCUUUCAUCCAACUGUAGGAAAGGGGGGAAUUCUGGGCAAUUAGAUUCUUGUCGAUCAUAAAAAGGGAUGGUGGUACUUUUUUCGGAUUAUGAAUUCGAAGAAAUAUGCCUAAAACAAGAGCUUCAGAUUCGCUUCUGAUGAUGGAGAAAAGCAAAUAAUUCGUCUUUUGCCAAGCAGCAUACUCUUUGUUGGUAAUAGCUGGUAAUUCAUUGAGAUUCGGGUUUUGAUCAUGGAAAAACAGCAGAGUUUUCGCGGCGUAACAACAGAAAAAUCACCGCCUGCUCAAGGAAUGCUGGACAAGCAACAAAGUUUUAAACAACCUGAAAAGCAACAGAGUUUUCGUGGUGUUUCGAGUGAGAAACAGCCCGGCGGUAGCAGGAUGAUGGAAAAACAGAAGAGUUUUCGGGGCUUUAUGGAGAGGCAGAAGAGCUUUCGUGUGGUAAUGGAGAGGCAGCUGAGCUUUAUUGGUGCCGGUGAACGCAGGAAGAAUCGGGAGUCUCCAGGAAAAAGAGGUGAUUCACCUCUUCAUUUGGCAGCAAGAACAGGGAAUUUGUCUAGAGUUAGGGAGAUUCUUAUCAACCUUAAUGGUCCUGAGGCCAAGGAAUUUUUGGCCAAGAAAAACCUAGAAGGGGAAACUCCCCUUUAUGUUGCAGCAGAGAAUGGUCAAGCUGUGGUUGUUGCAGAGAUGUUGAAACAUAUCGAUCUCGAGACUGCAUCUAUCACCGCACGGAAUGGCUAUGAUCCGUUCCAUGUUGCAGCUAAGCAAGGUCAUGUUGAAGUGCUGAAGGAACUUUUGGGUACCUUCCCCAACUCAGUCAUGACUACAGAUUUAUCUUGUACGACUGCCCUACACACAGCAGCUGCUCAAGGGCAUAUUGAGGUGGUCAAUCUUCUUCUAGAAACAGACUCAGACCUUGCUAAAAUUGCAAGAAACAAUGGUAAAACUGUCCUCCAUUCAGCGGCAAGAAUUGGGCACUUAGAGGUAGUGAAAUCUUUGCUCAGCAAGGACCCAAGUACCGGUUUUAGGAUUGACAAAAAGGGUCAAAUUGCACUGCAUAUGGCAGUGAAAGGUCAAAAUGAGGAGAUAGUGCUGGAAUUGCUGAAACCUGACCCCUCAGUUUUGCUCGUGGAAGACAAUAAAGGAAAUACUGCAUUGCAUAUUGCAAUAACGAAAGGCCGUACUCAGAUUGUACGAUGUUUGCUAUCGGUUGAGGGCAUAAACAUCAACUCAGCAAACAAGGCCGGAGAAACCCCACUUGACAUUGCAGAAAAAGGUGGAACCCCAGAACUUGUCUCGAUCUUAAAGGAAGCAGGAGCAGCCAAUUCUAAGGACCAUGGAAAGCCCCCAAACCCAGCAAAACAACUAAAGCAAACUGUAAGCGACAUAAAACAUGAUGUCCAGUCCCAGCUCCAACAAACACGACAGACUGGUUUCAGAGUGCAAAAAAUUGCAAAGAGACUAAAGAAACUCCACAUUAGCGGCCUAAACAACGCUAUAAACUCUGCUACCAUUGUUGCUGUUCUUAUUGCUACCGUUGCUUUUGCAGCCAUCUUCACUGUCCCUGGACAGUAUGUUGAGAAUAAAAAAGACGGGGUCUCGCUUGGGCAAGCACAUAUUGCUGACAAGGCACCAUUUAUUGUUUUCUUCGUCUUUGAUAGCCUUGCUUUGUUCAUCUCCUUGGCGGUGGUGGUUGUUCAGACAUCGGUGGUGGUGAUUGAACAAAAGGCAAAGAAGCAACUUGUCUUUGUAAUCAACAAGCUCAUGUGGUUGGCGUGCCUCUUCAUUUCUGUUGCAUUCAUUUCGCUGACUUACGUGGUGGUGGGGAAAAAGUCUAGAUGGCUUGCAGUGUGUGCAACUGUAAUCGGCAGCACUAUCAUGCUUGCUACAAUCGGCUCAAUGUGCUAUUUUGUCAUUUUACAUAGAAUGGAGGAGUCGAAGCUAAGGAGCAUAAGGAAAGCUGAGAGUCGCUCCCGUUCUUUCUCUAUGUCUAUGGCUUCGGAUUCUGAGAUCCUGAAUAAUGAAUAUAAGAGGAUGUAUGCCCUUUAGACCAUGGAAGA